GCGUCACGCGCUCUCUACCCACGCACAGCAACAGCAUCAUCACGGUGCAGAUCUCACGCAUCGGUGUUGUUCACCGAGAUCAAUCCAUCUUCCCAAAGCGCGCUCCGGCUGUCCCCGUCAGCAUCCCAUCCCGCAGAUUAGGGUAAGGUAGCAGGUGCAUGGCUGGACUCGAAAACUGGACAGGGCUUAUUCUGUACACAAUACCAGUUCUCUAUUUUUAUUUAUUUAUUUAAUUAUUUAUUUAUUUUUGGUAAAUAUUCUCUCGGCUUUUGAGUCAGAUCUGCGCGCUUGAAUCAGAGAGGUCCGGGCCCGGUAAUCGCAUCCGCAGUGUGGCCAGAGACAGGGAGAGGCGCGCGCGCACACUCACACACACACACACACACACGCACACACACACUCUUUCUCACACACACACACAGCGACGCUUGGUGUGUAUUUGCCUCCGUGCCUCCAUCCCCGCCGUCUGUGGAUGGGCCGCGCGCCUCCGCAGUCGCCGCUCCGACGCGUUUAGUGGAUGAAGAUGGCGGACAGAGCCGAGAUGUUCUCCCUCUCCACCUUCCACUCCCUCUCUCCUCCGGGCUGCAGGGCAGCACAUGACAUCAGUCUGGAGGAGUUCGAUGAUGAAGAUCUGUCUGAGAUCACAGAUGACUGUGGCAUUGGCCUCAACUAUGACUCCGAUCCUUAUGAAAAGGACUCCCUCAUCUUGGAGAAGAGUGAUGUCCACCAUACUGUGUGCUCAUUCCAAGAUGACUUCCAGGAGUUUGAGAUGAUUGAUGAUGAAGACGAGGAUGAAGAGGACGGAGAGGCAGAUCCUGAUGCUCCACCGUCUCCUUCUGUGUCUCCUCCUCCUUCCCCUACUUUAGGUUCACUUAAGAGCCGCCCCACAACCUUAAACCUGACCACUGCAGUUUCACAGGAUUCCUUGAACAACAACAGUAGUGUAUCCCCACGAAAGUCAAGCUGGCAGGAAUCUCUUCGCAACUCACAGGGUCGUGUGUCUCCAAACCACACUUGCCUUGAGGAUGGUUCCCACGUUACCGGCACAUGCACAGGGGCUCCUGGCACCACUGUCCCAGCCAAAGGUACUCCCCCAAACCCACCUGGCCACUGUGGUCUCAAUCAGUCACCUGGCAGGCCGCUGCUGUACGACUUUGAAGGCAACAGACGAGAGCGUCUUGAAUACGGUUCCUUUGGUCAGCACAACUCCUCAAGCAGUUCUGAAGUCACUGAGGUAAAGCUUCCUGCUAAAGGAAAUCUUGAGGAGCAUGUCCCCUCAGGUGAUGAUUGCACUUCCCAGUGCUCUGAUACUGAAGUUGACCAUGACCUCAAUGGCCAUACCAAACGCCGACAAUGUCGUCCUCGACCUGAUGACACAUAUACCAUCACUACGGAGACUGCUGAUGACCCAGACCUGGAGAACGACCUUACAAUGGAUGGCACCAGCAAGUGCCUCUCCUCUACAGCACCACUAGGGAAUGAUGCAGAGACCCCACUGUCAGAUGAGGAGUUAGAUAAGGAAUUUGAUAUUGACUUCAGGAACCAGGAGGCCUUUGAUUUAACUUGUACAGAGGAAGAGGGCUUAUCUUAUGUAGAAUUUCCCAGCAUUGAACCCACAUAUCCAUAUUCUGUCUCCGUCCAUACAUUGUCCAGUCAGUCUGAAUCCAGAGAUGAGUCUGGUGACAGGGCUCAGAAUCAACCUGCUGCUUCAUCAAAUGACACAACAUCUCCUUCCUCUGAUCCUGGCAUUGCUGACAUGAAUGCCAAGCGCUAUGCAGAGUCAGACCAACACAUUGAUGACCUUAGUUCCCCUGGAUCUGACUCUGAUCUUGAGGGUGAUUUGGAGGCAGAGUUUGCCUGUGGUGGUCCACUGGUUAGUAACAUGAUUUCUUCCAUCUCUGAGACAGAGCUGGACCUGACUAGUGAUUCCAGCAGCGGAAGGUCCUCACACCUCACAAACUCCAUUGAGGAGGCCAGCUCCCCAACAUCUGACCCUGAACUGGAACAUGAACUUGAUGGUGAACAAGACAGCGGCAUUGUGGGUCUGAAGACAUCUCUUCUUUUAGGCCAACCUGAACCCAUUAAACAUGACCUUUCACCAUAUCUGAAGCACAGUCCUGACAUCCAUCCUUUGGAUGAUGGUCAGGCCCUGAUGGGACUACAGAACGUGGAUGAUGAGCAAGGGUUUGAGCAUCAGGCUGAUCCAGACGAGACUCUGCCACCUGCAGUUCCCAGUGAUGACAGGGCAACUCAGCAACUACUGCUACAGAUUGAACCAGAUCAUAGCCUGGAAAGCUUUAAACGGUCUUUCUACCUUCCUGUUGAGCCUAGACUCAUGCCCUCAGUGGAUGACUAUGAUGGCACCACCGAAGGAGACUCUGAGUCAGAUUCAGAGGAUGAACUUAGUGAGAACUCAGACUCACCAUGGCUUCUUAGUAACCUGGUCAACAAGAUGAUUUCAGAAGGGUCCUUUCCAAUUAGCUGUCCAGAAGAUUGCCUCAGGCGCUCUGCCUCCAUUUCUGACACCCUCUCACCUUCAUCUGAUUUGGAGACAGAAGCCUAUAACGAAAGCGAAGGUUACAGGACACAGAUAUCAAAAUGUGAAGGAGACUCCCAGGAACAGCCUUUGAUGAGCUCAGAUAUGAGGACAAACGGAGAAAAAGACGACAGAAGAGACAGUUGUGAAUCAGGUGAUGAGCAAGAAAGCAAGACUGUCAGCUCUUGUCUAUACAUGAGCAAUCCUACAAAUGACACAGUUGUUCCUGUGUGCUUAGAGAGAUACCACUCCAACACAAAUCAGGACUUUACUUCCCAGAGAUCACUGAAAAAUCAGCAAAAUGAAGAAGAAGAAGAGCCAAAUAAUGACUUGAUGAUGGACAGGAUGAAGGAUCUCGACUCCCCCAGCCUAAGUGAGAGCAUCGUCAGUGACAAGGAUGAGGGCCGUGAGACAAGAAUGGAUCCACUUUCUCUGGAAAAAAUGAUAGAGGUCAAAAACAGUCUGACCCUUGACAUCCCUACAGCACAGACCAAUCGCUGCUUCAGCCUUACGUACUCCACAGAUAAUGAUGAAGAUGAGCAGGAUGCGUCACCUUUCCUGGAGACUAUUCACAACCCACCCUCACCCUAUGGAGACGAUACUUACCUGGACAGUUCCCCACCUAUUGAUGAGAGUGUCCGAGAGUUGCGAAAUACCUUCGAUCCAGUGGGUGUCAGACCUGUUGAUGACUCCCUGGCUUAUGACUCAGUAAAAUACACUCUAGUCGUGGAUGAGAAUACUACUCUGGAGCUGGUGAGUCUGAAGCGAUGCACCUCUGUUCUCAGUGACGACAGUGACGGUCUCUCCACUGUUUGCGAUGAAGAGGCUGCUGAUGAGGAUGAAGAUAUUUAUGGGCAGAGCCAAACCGUGGGAGGAAUGCGCCCUGAUCUACUGUUGAGCUCCUCCUCAGAAGAAGACUCUUCACCAGAGGCAGACUUACCUUUCUCUAAGAAAUUCCUCAAUGUGUUUGUCAAUGGCACAUCACGGUCCUCCAGCACAGAAUCAUUCGGGUUGUUCUCUUGCACUAUAAAUGGAGAGGAGAGAGACCAGACUCACAGAGCAGUUUUCAGGUUUAUCCCACGUCAUGCAGAUGAACUAGAACUGGAUGUUGAUGACCCGCUUUUUGUUGAAGAAGAGGAGGAUGAUUACUGGUACCGUGGUUACAACAUGCGCACAGGGGCUCGGGGGAUCUUUCCCGCCUAUUAUGCCCAUGAGGUCAUCGGCCAAACCAAAGACCUGAUGGGUGAGAAUCAAGACGGACCUAGAUCAAUGAAGAGAAACCCAGCAUGGAUGGAGAGUUUCACUGUGCAGUUUUUGGGUUCUGUUGAAGUGCCUUACCACCAAGGCAAUGGCAUCCUCUGUGCUGCCAUGCAGAAGAUUGCCAUGGCGAGGAAGAGGACAGUGCAUCUCCGUCCUCCAUCUUUGUGCGAGCUGGAGAUUAGCCUACAGGGAGUGAAGUUGAUUAUGAGUCUGGAGGAUGAGUAUGACCUCUCUGAGGAGUUUGACAGAUGUAGUCACUUUUUCCAAAUGAAGAACAUCUCUUUCUGUGGAUGUCACCCAAAAAACAACUGUUACUUUGGCUUCAUUACCAAGCACCCAGUCCUGGAUAGGUUUGCGUGCCAUGUCUUUGUCUCUCAGGAGUCCAUGCGGCCUGUGGCCGAGUGUGUGGGACGUGCGUUUCAGGAGUAUUAUCAGGAGCAUCUUGAAUACGCUUGUCCCACUGAGGAUAUCUACCUGGAGUAGAUGAGACAAAAAAAAAGGUUACCAUGGUAACCUCUGCCCAACAACACAAGCAUUGUUCCUGGUUUUGGCCGCUUGGGGGCUCCUGGUGGCCUUUAACGGGUUUAACGUAGGCCUCGAGUUUUGAGUUUCUCUGUGUUUUCACAUGAACUUACCUGAACAAGUAGGUUCAGUCUUAGUGAUGCAUCCAUUUGUUUCACUAUUUGUUUGUUUCCUAUUUUAUUUCUUCUCAUCCUUGAAACAGAUUGCCUGUUUAACUUUUGUAUGACUUAGUACCUAGGAUUGUGGCUCAGUUGAGAUACUUUUACUUUCUCCUGGUUUAGAAACGACAAAACUACGACUUCACACAUUUUAAUGCAUGGCUUUGAGGGUUAUGCUCACAGGCAGAUAUACACACAGGAAACACUUAUAUUUGAAAUUCAUUUAGGAGGAUGGGUUUCGUUUGUAAAUAUGUACUCGUUUGAUUAUUCCAAAAUAUGCUGAACGAGGUUUGUACUGAAAUGAACAUCUGGACAGGUGUUGGAUUAGUAAUACAAUGACUAUCUGCUCGCUGUAGUAGAAGGUUCCUUGUGCGUUCUUAUUACACCAUCAUGUAAAUACUGUAUAUUUAGAAAACAGUAGGUGACUACUACAGACGUUCGUUACAUCAGUGUAUGUACGUAGCACCUUCAUCAGCAAAUGGAAGAAUGAAGAGGAUUGCAGGUGGCCAGGAAGGCAUGUUUGUUAGCCUGAGAAUGGAGAGCCAGGUAGCAUUGGCCGUGCACGGUCGUGUAAAUGACGAACCUCUUCCUAAAUUACUCAAGCUCUGCUAUAGUUUCUUAUUCCCAAUGACUCUUUCUCGUGACUCUUUGUUGGCCAUCUUGUGUAAUUCACAGACUGUGCUUUAGUGCUUUAUGAUGCCGAGUCUGUUUAGUCACUCUCUCUUCGUUCAUUGAAGGCUAACGGUUAAAUGUACAGCCAGCCACUGGCGCGCUGUAGUCAUCGGCCUAAGAUUACUUAGCAAAUGGUCAAAUUUACCAGAUUACUAAGAAAUAAUCUCUCAAUUAGUCCUAAAUAAAAAAAAAAAAGAAAAAUAGUCUCUGUUUCAUUAAAACAUGCAUUAUUUUUUUAAUUAUUAUAAUUUUUUAGCAAAGUAAUAAGAGCGUUAGUAUUUAAUAGUCAUUGUAUAAUUUUUUAAAAUAAUGAUUUCAUAACCCUUAUACACUUUUUCCCCCCAUGAAGUAAAAUGAUUAUAUAGUGUCAGCCAAAUGUUUUUGAGCACUGCACACUUGAUUAUUUUUGAGCUGAAUUGAAAUCCUUACAUUUUUGAAAAAUGUAAGUAAAGGAACCUUAAGGAAAAGUGAACUAAAAAACAAAAGGGUUGUAAUUUUAUAUUUCACUGGAAACAGGGAUACAGAGAUUUGUCACUUGUCUCAGUCAACAUAUAUUUUUACACUCUUUCAAUUAUAUACUUGUUCACCCUGACUUUAAUGAAGCCAUCAUUUAUCGUCCUUUUAGGAUCUAAGGGUGACCAGUUAAUAAGUGCUUGCGUAUAUUUAGCUCUAGUGCUCAAAAUCAUUUGACUGCCAGUGUAUAUGCCAUUUUAACAGUAAAAUAUAACCACACAGAUCUUACAGUACUGAACAGAAAUGGAGUUUGAUCUUUCUACUUUGUCAGUCACACGUAACAGGCCCACUGAACGGGUUGGGUUUAUUUUCUCCUUUCGAUUUAUUUCUAGCUCCUUCCCUAACCUUCACUGCUUCAUGGAUAGACUGUACACAGUAUAGCGCCCCCUCCUGGUCUUGUAUAGUUUAUGUCAUAAAUUUCAUAAAACGUUAAAAACACUGAAAUAGUAACCGACGGGUAUAAAGGGUUAGAUCUUAUACACCUGAUUUUCAUUCUAACCUUUAAUUCUGCUUCAGGAUUUUUUCUUCCACAAUGAAAUCCUCCCAGCAUUGUAUGGACAGCUUGAAACGAAAUAAUGUAUAGACUAAAUGACCUACAAUUAGAUUCAAAAUUUGCUUCUGGUAUGCUGACACUUUCAUAUUCUUGUAACAAAGGACUGGAUUCUUGGCUCCUGCAGGCUGGUUAUAUCAUCCUGAUGUCAGUAGCAGUAUCAUAAGCAGUGUAACCUUUAGACUGGUCCUAAGUCCAGCUGUAGACGAACUCACUGAGGCCACUCGCCUCCUGCUCACUGCAUCACACGACACACACACACACACACACACGCACACACACGACCGUAUACCAGCGGCCUGCAAUCUGAUUCCAUCGCUACUUGUCCGUUUGUGCCGAUGCCACAUGUAGGAGCGAGCUGCGGUCUUAAGACUAUAAAUGUGAUUUGGUGUCAGUUAGAUUGCUGUAAAUAUCCUAGUUGAGAUGACCAUGCUGUGUCCUUUCUAUUGAGUGUUACUGAAAUAAAUAUGUAAAAUUUUAAAUAAACAAUAACGCUGACAAUGAUAACCUAUCACAACUAAAAAGGGGUUCAAAAAGUGUAAAUUGAUUUCCGUUAGCGUUUUGUUUCAGCUGCUUCACAUUGCUGUAUAGCUGUGGUUGAAUGUUGUUACAUUGUGCUGAAUAACGGACGCCUGUCAAUCAGCUGUGUAUGUCUUUUCAUACAAACGCCCACCUUUCUAUGCUAGCGUUAGCAUUACCGGGCCAAUCGUUGGGUCUGACUUCUCACUCAGCUUAGCAGAGCCGGAUCAGGACACUCAUAAGGACUCUGAAUUACUGACUGUUUUUCAUUAUGAUGUUACUUCAUUAAUGUUUGUCCAGAAAGUAAACGGAAUUCUCAUUUCUAAAUGGAAACGUUUUGUCUACAUUUAAGCAUUUUACAAAUCAUCGAUUGGUCAUUAAACCCCUUUAUGUAUCGAAGCAGAGCAACUUCCGGAGUAUGUAAGCUUGGAUAGCUGAAUGACUUACAAUAACUGCAAAUCUUUGGACUGUAAUUACAUAAUGCAGGCCUUUACUGUAUAUCAAGAUGAACAGCAACAGUAUGACCUACUAGCUAUCUUGUAUCUUUAAAAAAAAAAAAAAAUCAAACUUGUAAAAACCAAAAUGGAACAAAAAAAAAUUCCCUGCCUUGUCAUGGAUUUGGUCUUAAGAAUAAAACACUAUAUGCUUGAUGUCA